ACCAGAUAUUAGUCUCUCUGAAACUAUCACGACUGAGCUUUCCUCAGAAGAAAACGAAAUCGAAUCGCUUUAAGAUGAAAUUCGCAAUUUUUUUGCUCGCUGCCAUCGUUGCUGUUAAUGCACAGGCUCAACCAAUUAAUCCUUAUGCGGCUGCCAAUCCUUUUGCUGCAGCCUAUAAUCCUUAUUUGAAUGGACUCUUCGGUGGAGGAGCUGCUGGUGCAGGAGCGGGAGCAGGAGCCGCUGGUGGUGCAGCUGCCGCUGCUCCAGCUGCCCCAGCAGCAGCAGCUGGAUUUGGUGGUUUCUCCAUCUCUGUCUUCUUCCAGUCCGUCGUACUGCAAAGGGAAGCCGAGCGUCUGCUCGCCCAGCCCGAUUUCCCAGCUGACUUAGCUGAGCGUGUGCAGAAUGCGCUGGACAAAGCCCAACUUGGAUUUGCCAACUGCGAUACCGCUAUUCUUCCGUGGCUGCAAAUCCGCUGCGUCAAGCCCACUCUGACUCUGGCCAAGAACGAGCUGAAGGCCAUCGAUGACGAGUGGCAGGCACGCCUGGCCGCCACCACAGCAGCUCCCGCCAAAGCCGCCGCUUAAGCCGAUAAAUUUGUAAAUUUGUAUACCCUGUAAAAAUGAAUAACUAAGUCCAAUACACCAGCAUAGAUUCGAUAUACUUAAAUAAACGUUUAAAAUCAAC